AUGUGUGAAGGAUGUGGCUGCAACCGGCCUGCGAAGGUCACGGCGGUAGUUGGGGCGCUAGUCUUGCUACUUGGAGUCGCCCUGCACAUCGGGGGAGUUGCUGAGGCCUGGCGCAUAGUUGGGCAACAGAUGCUCGUGGACGGGGGCACGGAUUUCACUGUAACCGUAAGGGGUGAUAUCGACCAUGACGAUGCCAAGUUCGUAUUCUACUCAAAUGUCUCGGAAGACUGCAAGCAGCGUGCCGAGUCUGUUAUCAUCCGCCAGACCUAUACCCGGGAACUGUUCAGUGUGGAUUCCGACUGCUCCUCGGGGCUCAGGGACUCAUAUGGCUGGAAGGGCCAGGACCUGGUGGCACUGGGAACAUUCGCUCCAGGCGGACGUACAUAUGGUGAUUUUCAGGUUCGCACCUCAUAUCCAACCUGGGUGGUUGGCGUGGGACAUUCCACGAAGCCGUCUAGUUCCGUGGAGGAGAGCAGAGUCGUUGGUCUGGCUAUGAGCGGAUUCUUCCUGGGCAUCGGCGGUUCCAUCACACUCUUCGUCAGCUUGUGCCUCAUGUGCUGCUGCUACCGUCCGGCUAAGGUAGAUGCUAGGGAGGCGUUGCUGGCAUUGCAUCAAGAUCAAUCUCUGCAGGUGUUGCAGGCCCCAGUUGCUGUGGCAACGCCCAUCUUGGCUGAAGCAGUAGACCCGUAA